AUGAAAUGCGCUUUUGAGUGGAAGGCUUCUGAUCAAGACGAUUCCGAUUCAGAGUCCUCUGGUGGGGUUUUGACUAGAGUUGAGAGUACUCCUGACAUUGAUGGGCCGAAAAGCAAAAACCCAGAGAGCAACAACCCAGACAAGGACAGUGAUAGUGAUAGCGACAGAGACGGUAAGAACGGCGAAAACCAAGACGAGGGUGCGCCAAGCAUCACGCCAGACAACAGCACUCCGCAAAGUGAAACUCCAGACGGCAGUGCGAUAGAAAACAGCACACUAGGCAACAGUGCAACUGAAGACGAGAAAACAAAGACUAAGCCGGAGAGUAUUAACCCGUUUGAUACUUCAGACAGUGCGAUAAAAAGGAACACGGACAACAGCUCGACAGAAGACGAGAUACGCGAAGUCAAUACCUUAGAGAACAGCACCCUUGAAGAGGAAGCUAUCGGCCAAGUUCCUGCGCAGGAGCCUGACUCAAUCCCUGGCAUGGCCACCUUUGAGGCACCCUACGAUGAACCGACCCCGUCUGGAAGCUCAACCUCAGCCUCUACCUCAGCUUCCUCCAAUCCAAGCUCCAGCGCUAGCAUCAGCACCAGCUGCCGCUCAACAAAAAGCAACGCCUCCACCUCAAGCCCGUCCCUCCGAGACAAAGCCCCAACUCCCCCAGACACACCCUCAUCAUUAUCCUCAGACCUCUGCUCCGAAGGCCUCCUCGAAACAACGCCCGCAGCAACACAACAAGACCUCAUCUGCUCCCUGCACCUAAUCGCCGACUCAAUCGCCCAACAGCGCCAACUCGCCUCCAAAUCCAUCCUCCACAACCAAUUUUACUGGGCUAUCCUCAUCCUCGUCUUCGAAUACCUCUACCGCGUUCUCUGGAUCACGCCCGCAGACUGGAUCCUCGUCCUUAUCCUCUGGAUCUGCGGUGUGAUUUUCACGUUAAGCGCGAUCAAGAUGUGGACGGGUGGAUACCUCGAUGAAGCAGAAAGAGUGGGGAGAUGGUCUUGGUUAUUUGGAGUGAAGUGGGUUGAGAAUUUCACUGAGCAGGAGGUUCUUGCGCCGUUGCAGUGGGCUCUUUGUCAGGGGAUCUGGUUCCGGGUUCCUGGGGGCCAUGUUGAGAAAGCAUUAGCUUGGUGUGGAGCGAAGAGGGGAUUGAAGAAGAAAGAGACUAAGAUGAAUAAUAUUACCGGUACCGGUACAGGGGUGGGUGUGAUGGGACAGGCAUGGGAGGAAUACAGCUCCGGUACAGAAAGCGAGAUUGAUCUACGGAGGGAGUGUUCGGAGAAAGGCUGGAUGCAGGAUAAAGUGAUUGUGUCACGGUUCAACGGCCGUGUUAUCGCCACGCUGGUUAUGCGGGUUGUAGAAGUUGAUAUUGAUUCUGUUGUUACGGUCAUGGAGGAUGAGCAUGGAGAAGAGUCUUGUCCUUUUCCUUUGGAAUGUGGGCUACGGACUCAGAAGAUGGUUAUUCGUGCUUGGACUGUUUUGCAGAAGUAUCGUGGGUUUGGAGUUGGGGUAGGUAUUUUGCAGUUUGCAAUUGAGUAUGCUCGGGAACUUGGACUUCAGGGUCCUGAGUUUGCGGUUGAUCAUGCGAAUUCUUUGCGCGUGUUACCGAAGCUGGCUAAUGGGGGAAUGGAUCGGAAUGAGAAGCGGGCUAGGGAUAGACUGGCUAAGGAGAUUCGCAAAUGUGUUGCGGCGGAGCAGGCACUUAAGGAUUAG